AUGAGUAAUAAAGAUGAUGAAAUAUUUGCUCUACUUGGUACUGAUGAUACGGCAAUUUUAGAGUUUCUGAAGGAUAUAAAAUGCAAAGCGAAAAGUGAGAUACAAUUUGAGCAGAAAAUUAAUGAAUUAGAAGUUGGAUUACAGCAUGAUAUGAUCCAUAAGAUAUACCAUCUCUUACCUAAACGACCGGAAUUUGAACUAGGAAGUUACUUAAAAGAGAAUCUGGGCAUAACGUCAGAAUCCGAUGUGGUACUCUUGAAGGAUUUUACAGAAGGACUACUCAAAAAAUGUGAUACUUUAAAUAUGUUCAAAGAGAAAAUGAAGGAAUUAGAUAGUGGUCUAAAUGAUGAUGCAUUGAAUGAAAUAUAUAAUGUUACGAAAAUUAAAAAAAUUACCGCUGAGACUAAAAGUAAUCCAUUUAUUUCAAAAACUGAACAAUAUGAUGGCCUGAAUAUGCCUAACAAAGCUGUUGAUUGGAAGGCAAUGAAAGAUACAAAAGACUUAGUACCAUGCAAAUCUAGAAAUGAGACACAAAAGUUGGAUUCAUAUCCAACACUAAAUCAUAUAUAUAAAGGAAUAGUGAAAAGACUAAUGCCAUUUGGUUGUUUUGUAUCUAUUAUGGGGGUUAAGGUCAAAAAAUGUGAAGGGCUGGUUCAUAUAUCAGAGAUGUCUAAGAGGCGUAUAAAAGAACCUAAAGAUUGCGUGGUGGAAGGACAGCAAGUAUAUAUUAAAGUUAUUAAACUAGGUGAUGAUGGUAGAAUUUCAUUAAGUAUGAAAAGAGUCGAUCAAGUGACAGGAAGGGAUAUCGAUAACGUGCAACGAGAGACAGAUGGUAACGAACGUGGAAGAACUUCUAUAAGGAAGGAAGUUCCAUCGGUUAAGAUUAAAAAAAGAAAAUUAACCUCUCCAGAGAGAUGGGAAAUACGGCAACUGAUCGCAAGUGGAGCUGCUUCUAUUGAAGACUACCCAGAACUUAAUGAACAACCUGAAACUGAGAAGACAAAAAAAGAUGGAGAUGAUAGUCAAAUUAUAACCGGUGGAUCUGGGUUCGAUGAAGAUAUGGAGGUGCUUGAUGUUGAGUUAAAUACGGAUGCUAAACCUAAUUUUUUGAAGAAUGAACUUCCGUCAAAGGAUAAGGGAUUUGAACCAACAAAAAUUGUGAAAAUGCCACGGGGUUCAAUGAAUAGAGUUGCAAUGAAUGGAUCUCUUACAAUGAAGGAACAUAGAGAAGAAAAGUUAGAGAAGAAAAAGAAUAUUGAACAACAGAUUAGACAGUUAAGUUCAAUGAAUGAUCCUACUAAAACAAGAAGAGAAUAUAAACAAGAUAUUGACAUGCUAAAGAAGGAGCUUGUUGUGACAGCAUGGGAAAAGAAUAGAAUUCAAGAAAAAGUGUCAUUCGGUAAGAGAACCUCUUUACCUAUAAGUCAGCAACGGAAGGAAUUACCUGUGUACAACAUGAAAUCAAAAUUAAUAGAAGCUAUAGGAGCAAAUCAAUUUAUUGUGAUAGUUGGGGAAACAGGUUCUGGUAAGACAACACAAAUCACACAAUAUUUAAAUGAAGAAGGAUUCAGCGCAAAUGGUAUGAUAGGUUGUACCCAACCUCGUAGAGUUGCCGCUAUUUCCGUUGCAAAAAGAGUAUCAGAGGAAGUAGGAUGUGAAUUAGGGGGAGAAGUUGGUUAUAAUGUGCGUUUUGAUGACCGAACAUCCCGAAAGACAAAAAUCAAAUAUAUGACUGAUGGUAUGUUACAAAGAGAGACCCUUUUGGACCCAAUGAUGUCUAAAUAUUCUGUAAUUAUGCUGGACGAGGCACAUGAACGUACUGUAGCAACUGAUAUCCUAUUUGCCUUAUUAAAAGAAGCCGCUAAGGCAAGACCUGAACUUAAAAUUAUCAUUACUUCGGCAACUCUUGAUUCUGAGAAAUUUUCAAAAUACUUCAAUGAUUGUCCAGUGAUCCAUAUACCUGGUAAGACCUUUCCUGUGGAGGUAAUGUAUUCACAGACACCUCAAAUGGAUUAUAUCGAAGCCACAUUAGAUUGUGUUAUGGAUAUUCACAUUAACAACGAUAUUGGUGAUAUUUUAGUUUUUCUCACAGGUCAAGAAGAAAUUGAUUCUUGUUGUGAAAUAUUAUAUGAAAAGGUUAAGACGUUAGGGGAUGCUAUCGGGGAAUUAAUAAUUCUUCCAAUAUAUUCUGCAUUACCCAGUGAAGUUCAAUCAAAGAUCUUUGAACCGACCCCUAAGGGAAGUAGAAAAGUAGUAUUUGCCACCAAUAUUGCAGAGACAUCCAUUACAAUCGAUGGUAUUUAUUACGUUGUUGAUCCUGGAUUCUCCAAAGUAAAUUCUUAUAAUCCCAGGGCUGGUAUGGAACAAUUGAUCGUAUCCCCCAUCUCUAAAGCCCAAGCUAAUCAAAGAAAAGGUAGAGCCGGUAGAACAGGACCAGGAAAAUGUUAUAGACUUUAUACGGAAUCUGCCUUUUACAAUGAAAUGUUACCAAAUUCUAUUCCCGAAAUACAAAGACAAAACCUUUCCAAUACAAUCCUUAUGUUAAAAGCUAUGGGAAUCAAUGACCUGUUAAAUUUUGAUUUCAUGGAUCCACCUCCAAGAAAUCUUCUUCUAUCUGCACUUACGGAACUUUACAAUUUAGAAGCAUUAGACGAAGAUGGAUACCUAACAAAAUUAGGUCAAAGAAUGUCACAAUUCCCAAUGGAUCCAACUCUUUCCAGGGUAUUAUUAUCAUCUGUUACCAAUGAAUGUUCUGAUGAGAUAUCUACUAUUAUUGCAAUGCUGUCUGUUCAAAAUGUAUUCUCUAGGCCAAGAGAUAAACAACAACAAGCUGAUCGUCAAAAAGCACGUUUCAAUCACCCAUAUGGAGACCAUUUAACGUUACUAAACGUCUUUACGCAAUGGGAGAAAGCUGGUGGCGCUUUACAAUUCUGUGAAAUUAACUUCUUACAUGGAAGACAUUUGAAACGUGCCAGGGAUGUCAAGGAUCAGAUCUUAUCUAUUAUUAAUCAACUCCAUUUACCUAUUGUCAGUUGUCGAGGUGAUGUAGAUAUUAUUCGUAAGACUUUAGUGACUGGUUUCUUUAUGAAUGCGGCUAAGAGAGAACCAGGUAUUGGUUAUAAGACAAUCGUAGGUAAUACAGCUGUAGGUAUCCACCCAUCCAGUUCAUUAUUUGGUAAAGAAUAUGAAUAUGUUAUCUACAAUUCUUUGGUGCUAACCAGUAGGGAGUUUAUGUCACAAGUGACUAGCAUUGAAGCUGAAUGGCUUCUUGAAUUUGCUCCUCAUUAUUAUAAGGCAAUUGAUAAUAAUAGUAAAUCACGUAAAAAAUUAAAACUUGCUCCUUUACAUGAUAGAUACGCCAAGAACCAAAACUCAUGGAGAUUAAGUUCUAUUAGACAGUCCAGAGAGAAAGCAUUAGGUAUUAAGCGUUGA